AUGACGUCGCCAUAUCCACUGGGCCCUUCAUUUUCGCCGUCCGAUAUCCCCGCGGCGCCCAACAGAUCCGUUUCCGAACUUCCGCAGUCCCAGGUGGACGCCAUCAUUCGCACGAAGCGCAAAGCGCGCGAGCCCAAGGCUUGCUACCCGUGCCAUGCGCGCAAGGUUAAGUGCGAUCGAAACCUGCCGUGCGACGGAUGUGUCAAGCGCGACCAUGCAGAUCUUUGCUCCUACGAACGGCCCUCCAAGAAACGCUCACAAGGUUUCCGCGAAAGCCCCGUGGGUGGCCCUCAGACCGGCCCUAGGACGGAGCAUUCCUCUCUCUACGCCUGUGAUGAUAAUCCUACACAAGUGAAACACGAGCCCACUGCAAUCCGAGCAAAUGGCGGUGGUGCAGGCGCCCGUGUGUCGAUUGCGCGGGAGGAAUGGGACAAUGUGCGCAACCGACUGCGAGAAAUGGAGUCAACCAUCUCAUCAUUACGCGUGGGUCUCGAAAGGGCAGACGAAGGUCCCUCUACAAUAAUGGACUCCGGGAGUGUGCAGAGCGGCGGUGCGAGUUCCCGGUCUAAGGCCGCCUCGCCGGAACGUGAGGGCAUCCACGCUGCAAACACUCUCGGUAAAGGCACGGUUCACCUGGGAUCCCGUUCCGUCCUGGCCUAUAUCUUGAAUAAUAAGUCUGGGUCUGAUCAGCUUCAGGCUCUACUGGAGGGUGGAAUACUGCCCAAGUUGGGGCUCGACAACGAAUCUGCAACGUACCCAUUUGUCGAUCUGUGGUCGUCGGACAUGUCGACAUUUGAUAUUAGUGCGGUUUGCAGUGCCCUCCCGACGGAUCAACAGUGCAGAGAGUUCUUCUACUAUUACAAGGAUAUCGCGGGGGCAAUAUAUCCCGUGCUUGAAGAUGUCCACCAAUUUGAGAACAGUCUCGAGCUUCUCUUGGAAAGUAGGGCUGCUUCUGGUGGAGCUUACCGAGAGGAUGUCGACGAAGCGCAAUCCCCAUUUGGUGUGAGCAUCGCAUAUCUCGGUUUGCUAUUUGCUGUACUGGCGUCCGGCUGUCAGUCAUCGGAUCUCGGAAGUAAGGAAAGGGAAUUAACCUCUCAGGUCUAUGUUUGCUGUUCCUACCAGUGCCUUCGCAUGACCAAUUUCUUGUCUCAGCCAACUAUUGAAGCAAUCCAAACGCUUUUGGUUAUUGGCAACGUCUUGUCCUACAACAUGAACCCUGGAAUUUCCUAUGUUCUACUCGGCAUGACUCUCCGUAUGGGUCUGGCCCUCGGUCUUCAUGUGGAGUCAAGCAGGUUUUCGUCGCUUGAACGGUACCGCCGUCGUCAUGUUUGGUGGUCCAUGGCUUGGCAAGAUAGCCAUUUCUCUCUUUCUUAUGAUCGCCCGUCUACGACGGCGGUCAGCCAGCCUGAUAUUGCGUACCGAGAGGGCUCAACUCCGGGCCAUUUCUCGUACUUUGAAACUCUCUGUCGAGUCAUUUCCCUGGCAUUGGAGGUUGUUCGCAUCCGAAUGCUCAGCCCUCAUUCUCAAAUAAACUUCGAAAGCAUUCAGGGGUACAAAGAAAGGAUACAGCAGAUUAUGGUGGAUGCAAAGCCCUACCUGCGGGAUGCGCAGUGGUGUUCCACCGCAACUGAACAUCUGGAGCGGCUCGUGCUAAAAUUGCACUCGUCAUACUUCUCCUCUGAGCUCUGCCGGCCAGCGCUGAAAGCGAACGCCGAGUCUAGUGAUGCCGAUACUGCCAGCAUGCGUGGUCACUGUGUGUCCAAUCUCAUGUUGACUGUGGAGGCGUACAUUGAGAUGCACAACAUCAGUUCGCAUGCAGCACGCUCAUGGAUUGCACUCCAACGCGCGAUUAGCUCUGCAUUCCUUCUCGCGGUCAUCGAGGAAGCCAAGUUGGAUCCGAACGUGUGGAAUCUUUUGCGCCAACUCGAGAGCAUUAUUGCUCAGCGAGCUAGCAACGAGCGGGCCUACGAUACGGGCGACGUGGCGGGUGCUACUGACAGCAUGACCUCGCCUCUCCAAGGCAUCGCUACCUAUGACCCGAUCACCGGUGUGACAAACCCGCCAGCUGCCGUUCAACCCGCCCUGGAUCCCACUUCUCCUGCCGCCGGUGGUCCUGACACCCAGACGCAAUGGGCGAAGUCCUUGGCUAAGACCCACCGUGCUCUGCAGAAACUCCUCACUGCACUCGGGAAUCAGCAUGGGCGGUCUACUAAUGGACGCAGUUCUGCAUAUCCGCACCAGCCUAAUACUAACCCUGCUGCCGCCUCAUUAGGCAUGUUUGCUCCCCCUGUAUCGGCAGGCAUGACUCCCAGUGUUUCAUCUCUACCACCUCCUACCCCAGAGAGCUCCGGCAGUGGGGAAUGGACGAUACCAAACAUCCUUGAUCGCGCGUCGGAGUACAUUCAUCCGCCACUCUGGAGUUAG